GAGUGAAUCACUGAAACAGUAUCCCUGGCUUCGCCUGAAUCUCAGUGAAGGAGCAUCAGUCUCUUGAAUUAAAUCAUUGUUGAGCUUGAGAAAGAAAACAAAAAUGAAAUUGAAUCGGAACUUCAAUCAGGAGCUGGAGAUGCAAAACAGGCGGCGGGAGCAGGAUCAGCUCAUGGUGGAGUACAUCCAGGAGGUGGAUAAAGACGUGCGGCUGCAGGCCAGCCUCUGUGAGAACGACUGCUUCGACAAGAGGCGUUAUGUGAGGCUGCACCGAGAGCAGACCAAGGAGAGACUCAAAGAAGGCGCCCGCCUUCAAGCUGAGGAGAAGAAAGAAACCAGGAGAAAGCAGCUGGCGCUGGAAGAGAGACUGGCCAAAGAGCUUGAAGAAGUGGAGUGUCAGAAGCUAAAAGAGGAAAAAAUCAGACAGCACAUCAAAGAAAACAGCAUAGAGAUUAGAGAGCUUCAGUCCAAGCUGAAGUUGGCGUAUGUGAACAAAGGGCGAGCAGACCAGCUUCUCGAGCAAAAUGCAAUCAAACAGGAGCAGUUGGUUCAAGAAGCCGACUUCAACCGUAUGAGGAAAGACCUGCUUGAAAGAGCAGAUCAAGAAAAGGAAAGGGCUGUCAAGCAACGCCAGGAGGAACAACUGCAGUACCAACGAUUCCUGGCAAAGCAAAUUGUGGAGAGGAAGCACAAGAAACUGGAGGUCCAUGAAGAGUUCCUGAAGGAGAAGCUGAUGGUGGAUGACAUCAUCAGACAGAUCUACGAGAAAAAUGAGAAGGAGCGACUCGAGAAGUUACAGAAGGUCAAGGCCACGCAGGAGUAUAUAGAGGAGUUCAAGAGGCAGCAGGCAGAGUGGAAGCGCAUGGAACAAGAAAAGUUAGAUGCUGAGAACCAACGCAUCAUCGAGUUUGCCAACCAUCAGGAGGAGAUGGAGGAGAAGAGAAAUGCCAAACUGAGAGAGAUGGAAGAGGCUAAGGCAGUGCUUCACAAGGUUCUCUCUGAAAAAAUGGAGAAGGAGAACAGGCAGCGUGAAGAGUUGGAGAGAAUGCGACAGGAGGUUCACUUUGAAGAACAAGAGGAGGCGAGGAGGCGCAAAGAUCUUGAGGAGAUGGAGAAGGCGAUCCAACUGCGAACGUUCCUGCAGCGGACCUGCCAGGAGCAGAUGGCCUUUAAAGAGAAGAGAAAACAACUGGAGAAAGCAGAAGAGGAGGCUUUCAGAAAGAUGCUUCUGGCCAAGUUUGCUGAAGAUGACCGGCUAGAGCAGAUGAACGCUCACAAGCGACGGAUGAAGCAACUUGAGCACAAUCGGCAGGUGGAGAAGCUGAUGGAGGACAGAAAAAGGCAGCAUGAGAUGGAGUUGCUACUGGAAGCUCAAGAAAGGGAAAAGGAAGAAGCCAAAGAGGCGAUGUGCAGACAAAUAAUAGAAGAAGAAAGACUGAAACUUCUUAAACGCCAUGCUAGAAAACUCUUUGGAUACCUUCCAAAGGGUUUACUUCGUGAGGACGACCUGCAACACUUUGAUGAUGAAUUCAGAAAACACUAUGAGCCACCUGCCGAAGAUGUUUAUGAGGAAGCUAACUAGAAUAUUCCAUUUCCGUCCAAAAAAAAACCCAAAAAAAACACAUGGCCGAAAUGUCUUAAGGGAGCAAUGUUUCCAUACUUUCAAUUUAUCUAAAUUCGCAGUGUGCACUUGUAUGAAAUGAGUUUGUUCUCAACACAUUGAAGGAGAAACUGUUCAGAAUCGACCCCGAAACUGUACCUUUUAAAGCUGUCAUUCUUGUCAUUGAAGAAUUGCUCUAUUCAUAUUUUGUUUUGUUUACCAUUACAAUCAUAAUUUAUAUAUUCGUUCUACAGUAGAGGAGGACUGGAAAUAUGCUGGUUAAAAUAAUACAGAUGUGAUUACAUACAUGCAUAUA